UAUAUAAUAUAAUAUUCCGUGAGGUUGAUUCUCCCAUUCGAAUUCGAUCAUUCUUGUUUUCUAUUCACUCUCUUUUUCUUCUUCUUCCUAAUUCCAAUGGAGAACGACACCACCAACGCCACCACCACCACCGUCAACGCCACCGUCAACACGGCCAAACUAGGUUCAGGCGGCGGCGGCGGAGGAGUCAAAUCCAACAACCAUAUCCACGAAGAAGAACAUUCUAAUUUGAACGGCGAGGAAAACAUACCAGAAAAAAUGGAAGAGAAAGAAGAAGAAGACGAAGACAAAGGGGAACAACAACAACCUACUGGAUCUGAAACCGCCGCUCAACAACCUUCCAGAACGCCUUUCACUAAUCUCAGCCAAGUCGAUGCUGACCUCGCCCUCGCUCGAACCCUUCAAGAGCAGGAAAGGGCAUACAUGAUGCUGAGAAUGAAUAAUGAUGGAAGUGACUAUGGAAGUUGGGAGGGUGAGAGUUAUUUGCAUGAUGAUGGAGAUGAUUUUGAUGAUCUUCAUGAUGGCACUGAUGUAGAUGAGGAUGAUGAUGAUGGUGAUGAGGAUGAGGAUGACGAUAAUGAGGAGGGAUAUGAAGAUGAAGAUGUAUUUGAUGUUCAUGCUCAUGCUAGUGCUGGAGAACAUGAUAACCCCACCAUUGAAUUUGAUCCCGAGCUGUUUUCAAGUGAUGAAGCCUAUGCAAGAGCAUUACAGGGGGCUGAAGAGAGGGAUAUGGCAGCUAGACUGUUGGCACUUGCUGGGAUACAUGAUCUUUCGUUUUCAAUUACAGAGGAUGCUGAGGACAUGGAGGAGCAUGGUGCUAAUUCUCAGGAUGCUUGGGAGGAUGUUGAUCCAGAUGAACUUUCAUAUGAGGAACUCCUGGCAUUGAGUGAGGUAGUAGGAACUGAGAGCAGAGGCCUUUCGACUGAUACUAUUGCCUGUUUACCUUCAAUCAACUAUAAGACGGGGAGUGAUCAGCAUGGGAGCAAUGAUUCGUGUGUCAUUUGCCGGGUGGACUAUGAGGAUGAUGAGUCCUUGACAGUUCUUUCCUGCAAACAUCUGUACCAUCCUGAGUGCAUUAACAACUGGUUGAAAAUAAACAAGGUUUGCCCUGUUUGCAGUACAGAGGUCUCUGCUUCUGGAAGCAACUUGUAAGAAUGAACGAUUUUUCAUUUCAAAUUGAAGAAAAUUUGUGCAAGUUGAGAGAUAUUAUCCCAUAUUAUAAAAGCAUUGCCAAUAUUUGGUGAUAGUCUCUGCCUCAUUGUAUAUCCAGCUCCUUCGUUUUGAUUUCAACAUGUAACUUUGGGAAUCAGUUCUCUAGAUUUUCUUUAAUGGAAUGACUGGCAUUAUUAGUGGUCA